GCCAAGGUGACGACUGGCCGCUACAAAACAGUACAGUGCUCGAAGAAUUAUCGAAGAAACCUACAAAUCUAUAUUAAGCGCUAGUCAAAGUUAACUGCAUUUAUAUUUUUAAGAUUAUGCGUUAACAUCAAAAUGGUUUUUAGUUUUAAAUUAUUAGUAUUUGUGUGCCUAACAUGGCAAUUUGUCACCGUGCAGUCACACGAUCAUCUCCUCGAAGGUAUUUAUUGCGGCAAAGAAAACUGUUAUGAGGUGUUAGGAGUGACGCGAGAAGCCACGAAGAAUGAGAUCGCGAAAAGUUAUCGACAACUCGCGAAAAAGUUCCAUCCGGACUUACAUAGAGAUCCCGAAGAUAAAAAGGUAGCCGAGGAAAAGUUCAAAGAGAUCGCAACUGCGUACGAAAUAUUGCGCGAUGAUGAGGAACGGUCCGACUACGACUACAUGUUGGACAACCCGCAGGAGUACUACGCUCACUACUAUAGAUACUACAGACGGCGUAUGGCACCGAAAGUGGACGUGAGAAUAGUCAUUGCUGUCACAAUCACAAUUAUAUCCAUAAUACAGUACUACAGCGCAUGGUCUAAAUACGACACCGCUAUAAAAUACUUCAUGACUGUGCCAAAGUACAGGAAUAAAGCUUUAGAGAUUGCCAAAGGUGAGAUGAAAGAUUCACAGAAUAAAAAGAACAGGAAAAGUAAAGCUGAACAGAAAGAGGAACAAGAUAAAAUUAUCCGAAGAGUUAUUGAAGAGAAUAUGGACAUAAAAGGAGCAUAUGCUAAGCCAGAAAUUAUGGAUAUCUUAUGGAUUCAACUUAUAAUCCUGCCUUAUACAAUAUCAUAUAAUAUUUACUGGUAUUUAAGAUGGUUUUGGAGGUUCACUAUCAUGAAGCAACCAUAUGGCACAGAAGAGAAAUUGUACCUGAUUAGAAAAUAUAUGAAACUCGGUCAUCACCAGUUUAAUGCCUUGGAAGAUAAGGAAAGACAAGAAUUCCUUGAAGAGGAGUUGUGGAUUAAAGAAAACUUCCUCAUUUGGAAGGAAAUAAAGGAUGAGGAGGCUAAAAAGGCUCUCGCCGAAAACAACAAAUACAAGCAAUACAGGCGGUACAUCAAACAACACGGUGUGGGAAGAAUGACGUUUGACGACUCUUGAUAGCAUAUAAUCAAAUUAUUUAUUGUUAAUAAAUUUAGGAACAGAAAAUAUAGAUUUUUAUUAAUGUAUAAUUUUUGCACCAAACAAUAAAACAAAAUUUUCUCUUUUAUA